GAAAAAGAUGCAUUAUGUGGGGUGCGCUUUCUCCGGUCGAACUUUCUGGAUCCCACGAGCGGGGAGAUCGUUCUGCACACGUAACACCCGCGUUAGCGCCUAGCCCAGAUCGUUGGGAUCCGGGGGAGGCACUCUGACGAUCAAGUUAGUAGUUGAAGGGAUGGGAAAAAGCUCUGGGUAAUUUCUAGGUUAAGAAAAGAUUACCUUCUUUCUGCAGAGGGGCACUCCUUUUAUAGGCAAUGAUAAUCUGGAGCCCAAAUCACGCGUGCCCACCACGCCCUUGAUGAUUAGGGCUAACCCUGGACGGAUGGGCAGGAUCGAGCCAGCCCGUGAUGUACUUAUGUGGACGGGUAGGAUCAUGCCAGCUGUCAUCUAGCUGACGUGGCACCUCUCUUUCCCCUUUGCCCAACUCUUCCUGACUUCCUCUCCAAGUCAGGGGGCGGGGGUGGCUCAGUGGUUAAUUGUUCUACCAAUCGAUAUCGCCCGGAUAUGUUCGGGAUGCUCUUAAGUAACUCUUGGUCUGGCGAGACCUCACCGGAUGGCAGGAUGUCACCAAGCAUGACUGUCAUACUAAAGCUACGUCCCGGUUCUUACUCGGGCCGGGUGAAUUCGUCUCGGUAGAAAGGGUCCGGCGAAGGUAAACUGAGCAGACUGUGCGCUGCCGGUGUCGGAUGAACGCAGCUCGGCGGAUAGGGUCCGGCGGAGGUACACCGAGCGGACUGUGUGCUGCCAGUCAGCCUUUAAGACCUUGGGUUUGACUGUUUGCCGGAGUGUCGUGGCCGUCCCCUGGGUCUCCUCUCCGAGCCCGGCCACCACACAUUAUUUUAAAGUUCUCAUUUUACCAACCGGACAAAUUUUGUCAGGACUGAGAUGGAAUGCCAUGGUCUAAUCUAUGAGUGCAAAGUUGGUGGGGCAAAAGAUAGGCGAUGUGUUAUGGAUUUGAAAAGGCGAAAAACAGUUAAUCCAAUAUGGAGACCAGUCUGUACUCAAUCUAGCUCCUCUCAAGAUUGCUCGAUCAAGCAACUACAGGCUGGAUUUGAAGAUCUGCAUGAUUUGGAUGGUGGUAGGAAAGUAGAAGAUGAAAUUCAAGUUCAAGGAUCGGCGCCCUCUGAUGAAAAGCAAUCAAUUUCAGUAAAGGUAGGAGCGAGCUUAAUGCGUUUCAUCAAAGGAAAAUGGGGAUCUACACAGAAAAGUAUCGAAGAGGAGAUCGGAGUUAAAAUCAUAUUUCCCUCAUCAAAGGAAGAGGAUUUUAUCGUUAUUGAAGGCAUUUCUGCAGCAAUUGUGGCUAGAGCCUCGGAAAGAAUACAAGUGAUAAUUGAUGAGGCAGUAAAAAGCCCAAGUCUAGAAUACUCUCACUUUGUAUCACUUCCUUUGGCCAUUCACCCCGAACUGGUUGAUAAGCUUCUCAAGUUUCAGAAGUCCAUACUGGGAUCUAGUAAUGCUUAUCAGAAUGAGAAUCUGGACAGUGAUGCCAAUGGAGAUACUUCAGAAGAGGAAGAUAAGGGCCAAGAGUCAGAUAGAGGAUCGGAUGUUGCAGUUAAGCUUAAGGUUGAAGAUGAUAAUGGCCAUGUUAAAGUGGACAUAACAAACAUACGUCGAGUAAGCCACCCAACUAGAGCAUCGAAGCCUUCUGGUAUGAAAGAAGAUUUGCGAAUUGAGAAGUCAAUAUUUAUUGAACCCAAGAUGAUCCACUUAACAGUACUCAUGCUGAAGUUGUGGAACAAGGACCGAGUUGAUGCAGCUGCUGAGGUUCUGCAGACUGUCUCCUCGGAAGUAUUGGAAGCUUUGCACCAGGAGCCUGUUUCUGUGAGGCUGAAGGGGCUGGAAUGCAUGAAAGGCACAUUGGCAAAAGCACGUGUUGUGUACAUUCCUGUUGAAGAAAUUGGUGGCAAGGGCAGACUUUCACGUGCUUGUCAAAUCAUUAUUGACGCAUUUGUCAAAGCCGGGCUUGUUCUUGAUAAAGACGGCGAACAAAAGUUGAAGUUGCACGCCACUGUGAUGAAUGCAAGGCACAGGAAAUGGGGAAGAGGGACAAAAAAGUUGGAUUCAUUUGAUGCACGAGCCAUUUUCAAGCAAUUUGGUUCUGAAGAAUGGGGCGAUUACCUUAUCCGUGAAGCUCAUCUUUCACAAAGGUUUGUAUUUGAUGAAAGUGGAUAUUACCGUUGUUGUGCUUCCAUUCCGUUUCCUGAAACUAUGCAAGUAGAUUGAUUUUUUUCCUAGGAGGAAUCAAUGGCUUGUAUGACUUUUAUUAGGAAUAAAUCACACAAGAAAUAUUUGGUUCUUUGGCAAUGAUUAUUGUUGUGUACUUAUGUGUA